AGCAGCAUUGAAGUGGAGCGUUUUGAGGGUUUUUAUCUCAGGAACACGCUGUCCAGGACACAACACGACAGGCAACUCGGACUGCGUAAUUAUGCACAGGAACAGAAAGUGGCACCGCAUUUAUUCGACACGACCAGAAAAUGUCCAGUGAGCGGAUAAACACAGUGGUGAUGUGCGCGCUUUCCUUGGCUUUAGUCGUGAGCGCGGGGCAAACUUUUGAAAGCAAAGUUAUUCAGUUGCUUCGUGAUGAGCCGGAGAAGAUUAAAUGCUUUUCUGAGACACUGAAGGACUUCACCUGUUUCUGGGAAGAGGAGAGAAUGAACCUCAGUCAAAACACAUUCUCCUUCUUUUACCAAUACCAGAAUGAGAACAGCAGUGUGUGUGCUGUGUCUGAACUGCAUAUACAGGAGGUUAGUGGUAAAAGGAUGUACCUCUGCAAUAUCCCCAAAGCUCUAAGCUUCACUCCCCUCCAGCUACGUGUGUUUCAGGGGGGAAGAGAACUUUACAACCGCAGGCUCUUCAUUGACCAAGCUGUUCUAUUGGAUCCUCCAACUAACCUGACUGUGGUGAGCACAGGAAAACAAGGGGAACUGAUCGCGAGCUGGCUUCCUCCUGCCGUGAAGUACUUUGAGGACAGUUUGAUGUACGAGAUCAGAUAUGUGGCGAUAGGGAGUCCUAUGAGGAAGGAAAUAGUGAAAGCCAGCACGAAAUUCACCCUGCGUGGCCUUCAGCCGAGCAGCAAAUACAAGGUGUUAAUCCGUGUCAAACCUGACAACGUCACCUAUGAUGGUUACUGGAGUGCUUGGUCAGAUCCUGAGUUUGGGACUACACCCCCAAGUGACCCCCUGAUUUUGAUACUGGUUCUCCUCAUCUCCCUGAUCCUCAUCCUGCUGUCUUUCACUCUGCUUCUGUCCCACUACAAAUCCCUGCUAAAGAAACUGUGGCCUGACAUCCCCUCACCUGAGCACAAAUUCCCAGGCCUUUUCACAGUCUACAAAGGAGACUUCCAGGAGUGGCUUGGCCACAGUAGUGGCAGCAGAUGGCCAGUUCAUGUGUACACAGAGGAGCUUCCUUCCUCUCUGGAGGUGCUGUCCGAAAUCAGUCUAGCACCACCACUAACAAGUCAUACAUCUCCCCUGAGGCCAGAAGCAAUCCUUAGAGCACCUGACUUCAUGAGAGAAGAACCACAGACCAUGGAGGCAAUCAAUCAGUCAGAGACCCAGGAUGUGGAUGCAGGCCUAAUUGACAGGUGGCAAGAACCUCCAAACAGCCACUGGUUGAUGGAGCAGCUGAGGGCUUUUCAAGAGCAUCCACGGAUCCUCUCCCAUUCACUACUUGAGUCACAAGACACAUAUGUCACCAUCAACCAGAACUCUAAGCGUGCCCAGGGAGAAGUGCAAAGGGAUGAUAGCUUUGAGGAGUCAUUGCCCCUGCAGGUUCUCUUCGCUAGCAAAGGGUCCUCCUUGAUGGCUGCCUCAGAUUCUGAUAUUGGCUCCUUCCCACAAAGUUCCAGGUCAGGAAGACUUUCAUCGCAGUCAAGUCUUGAAUAUCCAAACCACACAUGGCCUCCCAAAGGGCCAGGAUACACUUAUAUGGCUGUGGCAGAUUCAGGAGUCUCCAUGGACUACAGUCCAAUGAGCUUCAGCAGAAUAACAGACAUGUGUAAUGGCACCAUCAAUGCCAAUGAGUAUAAAAAUGAUAUUCCUGGACACAAGCGGCCGCUUAAUGCUCAGCCCAUCCACUCUGGAUAUUGAUCAAAAACCUUUUUGAAAAAUAAACCAAUAACAACUUUAAAAGCAAUGCUGAAAAAUUUUAUCCAAGCACGUCCUUUGGGAAGACAAGAUUUUAAGUGCUCAUGGAGAUGGUAAUGGAAUUCAAACCAGGGUCUCUUCACUGCUUCCUUCUGAAACUUUCAGAUAACAAUACAACAAUUCGGGAACGUAAGAAUCUCCUGGAGACAGUCAGGCAUACCUGGAUUAAUAAUCAAUAAGCUAAUUUCCUCUUCUGUACAACAUUUUUCAUCAUCUGGCAGCUGUUGAAGUUUUAAAUAUUUUGUAUAGAACAUCAAAUACUACCUAGAGCCUUCGAAAAGUUUUAAAUAUUUUGUCAGUGUAAAUAGUGAUUGGUUUUCAACUCCUAUAUUUUAUUUCAGAGUUUGUAGGACUGUGUCCAUCCACUUUGUGUCUGUUGGUUGCCCAUAAUAUUAAAAGGGUUCAACUGUUGUAAAAUAUGUAGAUAAUUUUUCAUCUGGCAUUAUAUGGGUUGUUAGGAAAAAAAGGGAAAUAUUUCAACAUAAAUCAUAUAUGCCAUCAUAUUUCUUAGUUAUGCCAGCAAAUAACAAAAGUAAGAGUGUCAAAUAGUGCAUCUGGCUUGGUCUUCUUAAAGGACAUGGGACAUGAAACAUAAAUGCACGCUAUAUCAGUUUCUUUCCAUUAAAAAUAUGAAAUAAUUGCAUCAACAAAUACAAAAUUAUCUAUUAAAUUCAGCAAAAUUGUUAUAUUCGUGAUGAUUAUAUGGCAUUUCUGCUCGAGCUCCGAUAUGCAUAUUUUACAACCGGAAGAGCCGCUGUCACGUGAUCAUACGUCACAAAAACUUUCGGGUACAGCACAAGCGGGUAGAUGAAUAUGGAGAAGUGUGAAUCGUGAUGAUGACGAAUGCGACAAAAUAGUUUUUGUGUCUUGGAUGACAAGAAAAUUGUUUCGUUUUUAGAGUGUUUAACGUACAUUGAACAUCAUGGUGUAUUGCGACCUCCCAGUCAGUCAGACGCGCUGUCACUCCUGUUAGCAAUGUAGCUAGGCUCAGCAUGGCCAAUGGUAUUUUUUGGGGCUGUAGUUAGAUGCGACCAAAAUCUUCCACAUUUUUCCUGUUUACAUAGGUUUAUAUGACCAGUGACAUGAAACAAAGUUCAGUUACACAAAUUGAAACGUGGCGAUUUUCUAUGCUAUGGAAAGUCCGCACUAUAAUGACAGGCGUACUAACACCUUCUGCGCGCUUCGACAGCGCAUUGAUACCUUCACUCGGAGUUGUACCAUUAUUUUUUAGACAGGGCGGACGGACCAGGGCAUUCGCCCGCCUGGCCGUGCCCGACGAGGAGCGCUCUCGGCCGGCUUGGGAGGCAGACGGCAGCCCCUCCUGGAAGUGUGGUUUUACCAUGGACCUCAUGCGGUAAGGAUUAGUAUUAUAAUUUUGGGUGUAUCAAUUAUUGAUUAUCAUAAUUCUGACUCGUUUCGCCUUUUUGAAUGUUUUCAUCUCGGACUCUGGAAGCAUUGUAUCUCAAUCAAUCUCGAAAAAUAUCAGCAAAAAAAACCUAGCUUGCAAUGGACUUUAGCUAGAUCUAUGAUGAACUUUCAAUGUAUGAUACAAAAAUAAUACUUCUUUCAACAGAUCAUUAGCCUUUGAGCAGAAUUGUUUUUAACUUACCAGGAUGUGUUAUCGAGCCGACCGCUUUCAGUUUCAUGGGGAUUGAAUGAACUCUCACUCUCAGAAUCAUCUGACCCGUCAGAGUAAAGACAAGAUCCAUGUUCAUGUGAAUUUCCAGCUAUCGGUUCGAAUUGAUAGGGUCUAACUUCACAUCUCUGUGAAACAUCGGGAAUGUCACUGUCGAUGGUGUCCAUUUCGGUAACCUGUUUACAUUAGAUACCCAAGCGCUGGCUCCUUGAAAGUUUUUGUGACGUCACGGGUCACGUGACAGCUUAGCUAAUUAACGAAUCGUUUCACGCUGAUGUAUAAAAAAGUUGAAUAAUGUGGUGAUUUUCACAUUUUUGACGCCCUGCAGUGAUUUAGAUGGCAUUUCUUAUGUCCUUUAUACAUAAUUAUACCCAGAAAAAAAUCCAUGUCCCAUGUCCUUUAAGAUCUUCGUCAGUUCAAUCGUUUGACCCCUAGUUUUGCAUCUGUAAUAUUGUGAUUUCUGUAGAUUUAUAUUACAUAUGGUGCAAAAUACAGGUAUCAUUCAUCUACAGUUUAUUUGUACAAAAAAAAUCCAAGUUUUAAAACUGUUUACUAGAUUAGCUGAAAGGUACCAGUCUCUCAAAUGCUAUUUUAAGGCCUUGAUCUUCUUCCUAAAUAUAGACAUUUUUCAAUUGAAUGAACACAGCCAAAAAUAUAUAUUGUGAAUGUGACAAAUAAGUACAUUUUUUAAAAAACACACAAUAUCACUAAAUAUGACAAUUGUAUAUGUUAUUUGUGUAUUUCAGUAAUUAUUGAAUCUUUAUUUUCUAUCGAGCUACAAAUUCCAGAAGAAACUUAGUCACUUUAAGAACAGCACAAGGAGCUUCAAGUUUUACUGAGUGCCCUACCUCUAUCAAGUCAAUGCACCAAUCCGGAAAAAAAAAAUGACUGUUUAUUUUCACAUAUUUUGUGUACCCCACAGUAAUUAUCAUAAAGUCAUGUAAGUAAAUAAAUAAAUACAGUUCAUGGUCACAUUUUUUUAAAAUUAGUAUUUGCAACCUGACACAAUAUGGUAUAUUAAAUCUGAAAAAUGUAUUAAUGCUUAAUGUCAAACAAUUUUAUAGAUUAAUUAGAACCUACUGUAAACGCUACUGUAUAGCACCCAAUAAUCUGGCAUGUUUUUAUCCCCCGCUGGCUGAAAGUCUCGAAGGGGGAUUAUGUCAUGGCGAUGUCCGUCCGUCCAUCUGUCCGUCCGUCCCGGGAAGGGUGCUUACCUUCUGAAAUCAACUCCUCUCACAAUUUUUGGACAAAUUUCUCAAAGCUUGCCUAAAGGCCUUGUUAUAUGACAGUAAUACGCAUAUUGCAAUUUAAUUUCGUUUGUGAACAUUUUACCAGAAUUUUGACCCUUGAUUAAAUAACUUGUACUUUGACAAUUUCAUGAGGGUGUAUGUUCUUCUGAAAUCAGCUCCUCUCACAAUUUGUGGAGGAAUUUCACCAAACUUGGAAAAAGGCUUUGUUAUAUGACAGUCAUAUGCAUAUUGAAAUGUAGUUUAUUUGGGCAAAUUUUACCAGUUAUGCCCUUGAUUAUUAACAAACUUGUACUUUGGCAAUUUCAUCAGUGUGUGCUUGCUUUCUGAAAUCAACUUCCCUCACGAUUUUUAUCCCUCACUGGCCGUAAGGCCUGAAGGGGGAUUAUGUCGGGGUGAUGUCCGUCCAUCCAUCCGUCUCAGGAAGGGUACUCACCUUCUGAAAUCAAUUCCUCUCACAAUUUUUGGAGGAAUUUCAUGAAACUUGACAGGAUUCUUUGUUGUAUGUCGGUAAUACGCAUAUUGCAAUUUCGUUCAAUUCAGUUGCAUUUUACCAGAGUUAUGGCAUAGUUGCCAGCUGGGGAUAUUGUGCUCUCAGAGCACUCUUGUUAAAUAAACAUAAAAUAAAGAAUGACAGUUUUACGAUUAAAACCUUCUUAGGUUUGGGAUAAUGUGAAACAAAGUUGACGGUGAAAACAUUUUAAAUAUAGAUUGUAUUUUAAGCUUUUUUUUUUUUCUUUUGCAAGUCUGAUACAUGUGUAAUAAUAUAGCAUUUACAUGUUAACCUCGUUCAUAUAAAUUCUUCCACAUAGAAGUCCUUUGUAAAAUAUGGUUUGAGAAUGUUGUAUGCAAGCAUGUUUUCAUGUAACAGUCAAUUGUUCUUAAGGGUGUUUUAUAUUUGUUUGAGGCUAUAAUUGUUUUUUAUGAAUCUUAAUAAAUUGUAAGACCAAAGUCAACACAGAUUGUUCUGUUCCAGUUCCCACACUGUAUAGCUCUAUUCCACUGAAAUGUGCCUGAACCAAAACACACACGUGUUACAGUCAGCUGCAGGUGCUACAAUUUAAAGUUACAACACUUUAGAUAAUCUCUUAAAUCUGAUAUUAAAUGGGGCUGUGAUUCUGAUUAACCUCAACUAAAGCUGAUUUUUGAGGUUAAUCAGAAUCACUUCACUGAUGACAGGUGUAUGAUAAAUUACCUUGAACAUGAAUUUGAAUGUGAUUGGUUCACUCUGAGCAGUCAGUCACAUGCCCCAAGACUGUACUCACCUAUAAUCAAGUUAUUGGAAGUUUUUUUAAAUGUUUCUUUCCCAAAAUAUUUCUAUUCGUUUUUCAUUUGAAUUUUCUUGGUCGCUGUAUCUCAUUAAAAGGUGA